CUACCCUUUCCUCACACAUAAAAAUGACAUAACAUCCUCUCAUCCUUUCCAUCUCCACUCCUCCCACUGAAGAGAGAAAAAAUGGAAGCUCUUCCACCUGAGAAUUCACCGAUCAUCGACUGCGGAAAGGCGAUCCAGGAGCUGAUCGACGGCCAAGAAUACGCCACCCAGCUCCAAAAUCUCUUCCAGAAAGCCCCACUUGAUCAAGGGCUGGAAUCAGCUGAAAUUCUUCUCGAUAAGGUGGCUCAGUCCUUCUCCAACGCUCUUUCGGUGCUGAAUUCCGGCGUGAUCGAUAAGGAUCGCUGGAAUCCGUCGACUACCCAAUUGUGUUCGUCAUGUUCUGAUGACCGUGGGGUCAAAAAUUCCGGCCAUAGUAAGAAGAUUCCGGUGGCAAAAGAUCGGAGAGGGACCUACAAGAGGAGAAGAACAUCAGAUACAUGGACAAAGGUCUCGGCCACACCUAUCGACGAUGGCUAUUCAUGGAGAAAAUACGGGCAAAAGGAGAUCCUCGGCGCCAGAUUUCCAAGGAGCUAUUUCAGAUGCACCCAUAAAAAUGACCAAGGCUGUCAAGCUACCAAACAAGUGCAGCAGACGGAAGACGACGGGCCGUCGAUGUAUCGCAUCACAUACAUGGGCCAUCACACAUGCAAGGACCUACUGAAGGCCUCAUACAUGUUGGAUUCUACCUCUAGAGACUCUUUCCUACUCAACUUCGAAUCCAAUUCCAUAAGCAAGCAAGAGCAACCUUUGUUUUUCACAUCCUACACUUCAAUUAAGCAAGAGGUUAAUGAAGAGAUGAGAAGUGAUCUCACCCAAAGCAGCUCGCCUUCGUCCGGAUAUCCAAUGCCGUCCGAUAUCCCUUUGUUCGAAUUGUGUGACCCAUUGCCGACCUUCUCGAUGGCGGGGUCCGAUACCGGAGAUGUGGUGUCCGGCGUCUACUCAUGUGCCAGUUCUCCCACAUUGAACAUGGAUUUUUCAACUGGAAUUGAUGAUAUUUUUAGUUUUGAUGAUGGGGAAUACUAGGAAAUUAAGCUCCAUGUAAAUGAAGUUAGAUUACUUUUCCUUUC